UCCCCUCUCCAUGUCUCUCUCUUCUCUCUCUGUUGCAUUCCUUGCCAGAAGCUCCGAGCUUCACUAGGUUCUCCUUGCUGGGCUGGAGUGUAAAGGACUUGAGGAUGCUGUUGGGUCUCCACAACGUCUCCUUGUGACUGGGACCUUACAAUUUCUUCUCUUGGGUGUCAUCUGAAGAAAGCACCAAGGAUCAAUAAAAGAUCAUUGGAAGUGCGUUAUGGAUAUAACCUUUGGGAUGACAUCUACUUUUUGGAAUUGCUACUAACCUGUGGUUUUGCACUGAUUAAUUGGCUUAGAAAAGGGAAAAAGAACUGCUGAACCAAUACUACCAAAAAUGAAGAAGGACUUUUGUUUACAUGGCAUUCUUUUAUGCCUGGGAAUCGCAUACUGUAGUCAUGUCACAUUCACAAGAAGAAGCAGUAAAUUAAAGCAAUCACUUCAUGGUCAUCAUGAAAAGGGCAAAGAAGGACAAGUCUUACAUAGAUCCAAGAGGGGAUGGGUAUGGAAUCAGUUUUUUGUAAUAGAGGAAUACACUGGACCGGAUCCUGUGCUUGUCGGACGGCUUCAUUCAGAUGUCGAUAGUGGGGAUGGGAAGAUAAAGUAUAUACUCUCAGGUGAAGGAGCUGGAACUAUUUUUGUUAUCGAUGACAAAUCAGGGAACAUCCAUGCAACAAAGACCUUGGACCGGGAAGAAAGAGCUCAAUACACAUUAAUGGCGCAAGCAGUUGACCGAGAAACGAAUAAGCCCCUGGAACCACCUUCAGAAUUUAUUGUGAAAGUCCAGGACAUCAAUGAUAACCCUCCAGAAUUCUUACAUGGAAACUAUCAUGCAGAUGUGCCAGAGAUGUCGAAUGUGGGUACAUCAGUAAUACAAGUAACAGCAUCAGAUGCAGAUGAUCCUACUUAUGGCAACAGUGCUAAGCUUGUCUACAGUAUUGUUGAAGGGCAACCAUAUUUCUCUGUGGAACCACAAUCAGGGAUCAUCAGAACAGCUCUUCCAAACAUGGACAGAGAAGCCAAGGAGCAAUACCAUGUUGUGAUCCAAGCAAAGGACAUGGGAGGACACAUGGGCGGACUCUCAGGGACAACCAAAGUGGCAAUAACUCUGACAGACGUCAAUGAUAACCCGCCAAAGUUUCCUCAGAGUGUAUACACCAUGUCCGUGUCUGAGGCAUCUGUUCCAGGAGACGAAGUUGGACGAUUAAGAGCCAAAGAUCCUGACUUGGGAGAAAAUGGGGAAAUAAAAUACCGCAUCCUUGAUGGUGAUGGGGCAGAGGUUUUUGAAAUCACAACUGAUUAUCAUACACAGGAGGGUGUUAUAAAGCUUAAAAAGACAGUAAAUUAUGAAACCAAGAAGUUCUACAGUAUGAAGGUGGAGGCUUCUAAUGUCCACAUAGACUCAAGGUUUCUUAGUAGAGGACCAUUUAAGGACAUAGCAACAGUGAAGAUCUCCAUAGAAGAUGCAGAUGAACCACCAAUAUUUGUGGAUCAAAGCUUCACUUUAGAAGUGGAUGAAAAUGAACCACCUGACACCAUAGUUGGAAAAGUUCGUGCCAUGGAUCCUGAUGCAGCAAGGACUAUGAUAAGGUAUUCCAUCGAUCGGCACACUGACCUUGACAGAUAUUUCAACAUCCAAGAUGAUGGUGUCAUCAAAACCACAAAGCCUUUGGAUAGAGAGGAAACCGCUUGGCACAACAUCUCCGUGAUAGCAACUGAAGUCUCAAACCUUGGUCUUUCAAAUAGCACGACUGUGACCAUUAAAGUUGUGGACAAAAAUGACAAUGCUCCAGAAUUUCCUAAGCAAUAUGAAGCCUUUGUUUGUGAAAAUGCUCAAGUAAACAAGAAAGUUUUUACAGUAUCGGCUGUAGAUAAAGAUGACACUGCAAACGGCCCUCGUUUCAUCUUCAGUUUCCCUAAAGAAAUUGUACAUCCACAUUCAAAUUUUACAAUAAGAGACCAGAGAGAUAACACAGCGGACAUUCACAUCGGGCGAGCUUCUUUCAGUCGUCAGAAACAAAAAUUGCACCUACUUCCUAUCGUAAUAAGUGAUGGUGGAUCCACUCCAUUGAGUAGCACUAAUACCCUCACCAUACGUGUAUGUAGCUGUAGCAGUGACGAAACCAUCCUCUCCUGUAAUGAUGAACCAUUGUCACUCAAUGCAGGGCUCAGUACGGGGGCAUUAAUUGCCAUUCUUGCUUGCAUUGUCAUUUUAUUAGUGAUUGUGGUGCUGUUUGUAGCCCUGAGAAGAGAGAAGAAGGAACCCCUCAUUGUCUUUGAAGAAGAAGAUAUUCGUGAAAAUAUAAUAACUUACGAUGAUGAAGGUGGAGGAGAGGAGGACACUGAAGCCUUUGACAUAGCUACCCUGCAAAAUCCUGAUGGGAUUAAUGGGUUUAUUCCACGUAAAGAUAUAAAACCUGAGUACCAAUAUUCUCCACGAGAUCUUGGAUUAAGACCAGCGCCCAACAGUGUUGACGUUGACGAUUUCAUCAACACAAGGAUACGUGAAGCUGACAAUGACCCAACAGCACCGCCCUAUGAUUCCAUUCAAAUCUAUGGAUAUGAAGGGCGAGGUUCAGUAGCUGGGUCUCUCAGCUCUUUAGAGUCGGCCUCUACAGAUUCAGAUCUAGACUACGAUUAUCUACAAAACUGGGGACCUCGAUUUAAGAAACUAGCGGACUUAUAUGGUUCCAAAGACACUUGUGAAGAUGAUUCCUAACGAUAAAAUGUUAAACUUGGCCUUAAGAACUACAUAAUGUUCUCAGAAAUUCAGAGAAAACAUUAACAGGUAUUUUUUUUAAAGAAAAGAAAAGAAAAAUAAAAUAAAAGGCUUCUUCGACCUCUCAUGGUUUACAGAUGGAAUUCCUUCCAAGGAUCUAAGUGGUGGUAAAUACUGUGAAAACCCUACAACCUGUGUUGAAGUUAUCAGUCAUCUGGGACAAAACCACUUGUAAAGUGCAGUCGAUAUGGGAAAUAAAAAAGCAGGAAACACUUGAUUCUAAGGGGAGAUACUUUACAGUAUGUAAUAUAACCAUCCCAAUCUACGUCAAACAAAGCUUCCACAAAUAAGAAAGGAUAACAGUUUUGAGCUGUACUGUCGCCUUAAACUAUGGACACUUUAUAUGUAGUGCAUUUUUAAACUUGAAAAUUAAAAAAAGAAAAUUACAAAAAAAAACAA